AUGAAAUUAAUUGGAAUAAUAAAAAAUAUUUCUCGUAACAUAAAAUAUUAUCGUGUUAAAAAAGAAGAUGAAGAAGAUUCAAUAAAUCUUGUUGAUUCAUCAAAUGAAAAUGAAAAUGAUCGUGAUAAUGAAAAAUUUCGAUUAAUAAUCCGAUUAAUUCGUCGAAUAUCAUUAUGUUUUAUAAUUCGAUGUGUUUUAUUCAUUCCUUUGGUUAUUUAUUUUUUAAUAGUAUUAACUCCAAUUAAAAAUCUUCAAUCAUUUAUUCCAAUUGAAAUAAAGCAAACGAAAAAUUUUCUUAUUGUUGUUGCUCAUCCAGAUGAUGAAUGUUUAUUUUUUAGUCCAACAAUACUUCGAUUAAUAUCGGAUCAAAAAUUAGGUCAUAUACUUGUUUUAUCAACUGGAAAUAGUAAUGGUUUAGGACCAAUUAGAGAAAAAGAAUUAAAAUUAAGUUGUCAGCAACUGGGUAUUGAUUUAACUCGAUGUUUAUCUUUAAAUUUAACUGAUUUACAAGAUAAUCCAAAACAUUGGUGGCCACAAAGAAAUAUAUCUGAAAUAGUAGAAAAAUAUAUAAAACAAUUUCAAAUUGAUUUAUUAAUAACAUUUGAUAAAAGUGGUAUAUCUGGUCAUAUUAAUCAUAAAUCAAUUGCUCUCGGAAUUAAAUAUUAUAUUGAUAACACUGAUCAAACUCCGCUUACAUAUGAAGUUUCUACAGCUUCACUUUUAUUUAAAUUUUCUUCGUUAUUUGAUAUAUUGCGGACGACAAUUAAAUUUUUACCUCGAUUGUUUCGAAGUUUAUUUUCAACGCUAUUUCCAUUUAUAAUAUCUCAACCAAAUGAUAAACAUGUUUUAUUUGUAAGUUCACCAUAUGGAUAUUAUAAAGGAUUAAAAGCUUUUCAUGCACAUCGUUCACAAGUGCUUUGGUUCAGACAUCUUUAUACAACAUUUAGUCGAUAUAUGUUUAUGAAUGAUUUGAAUAAAAUUUCAUUGAAUUAA